AGAUGAUUUCCAAACUUUUGAUCCUUGGAACAUGUGUUCUAUCAGUUGUCUUGGCUGCAUCGGAAUCGCACUCUGGACGUCAAAACUACAGAGUGAAAGGCGCGUUUAGAUGUGGCAAUGUUCCAGUAAAAAAUGUUCAAGUAAAGCUGAUAGAUGACGACUUUGGAUCCGACCCUGAUGAUGAUUUGGGUAGCGGCUAUACAAACGCAAACGGAGAGUUCGAAUUGAGUGGAUCCACCACGGAACUCACAACUAUUGAUCCUCACCUGAAAAUCUACCACGAUUGUGAUGACGGAAUUAAUCCAUGCCAAAGACGUUGGAAGUUUGAAUUGCCAAACAACUACAUUUAUUCGGACACUGACACACCGAAGACUUUUGAUAUUGGAAUUUGGAAUUUAGAAGGAAUCCUUCCUGGAGAGAGCAGAGACUGCAAUCAUUAAUUUUUAAUUUGCCUUUUAAAAACUAUUUGUAUAAGUUAAAUCAUUCUAAAAAGCUAUGUUUCGAUUGAAUUCGCAUUAUCAGUUUUGAAAUGAAAUUUUCUAUUAA